UUGUAUAUGCACACACAAAAUAAAGCUAACACAUUCACAAAUAGUUAUUACAUGUGUGAAUUUUGUAAGUGCAUGCAUCAAAAUACAUCUAAAGAGGUUAUUAAUUAUGUACUUUCAAAAUGAAGGGUUCAUAAAUGUUCUAAUGCUUAAUGCAGAAAUGCUGAAUCAUUAAUGAAAGUGUGAAAAAGUAUCUCUAAAACAUUUGUUGUGUUUAUACUAAUGAAUAUUCAUGUCUGAAAUAUGUUUAUAUAGAUGAUGAAUUUAGUCAUUAUUUACUAGUCUUCAACUAAUGUGUUUGUAAGUCAAAUAUGUUGCAUACUAAUGAGUAAGUCAGAAAUAUGCUUUAUCAAUUAGGAUGGUUGUCGUAGCGACCAGGAGCAAACUGCACACUCAGCAAUAUUGCCAGGGAUGAUGUCAUCGUAAAGAAGAAAUGUAACACACCAGAUUGUCAUUUGAGAGAAACAUCUGCUGGAUGCUGACCACUAACGCUCCCUCAAACGUGUAUCUUGUGGAGUUUAAUUACAUCAGGAGGUCGCCUACAGCCACGGCUCUUGAUGGUAUGGUGCUAGUUAGAGACAAACUGAACUUGUUUUUGUUUCUUUACCCUUGCAUCAUCCUCUGAUCGGAUUGGUGCUGGAAAUGGACGAAAGAAGCCAAAGAAGAAGAAAGAGGAGGCCAGCAGCACCACGGAGGCCAAGCUGAAAGGAGGCGAGGCCAAGAUGAAAAAAGUCAAAAGUAAAAAGAAGGAGGAGGCGCCAGAGGAGACUCAAAGUGGAAAGAAGGUGAGGAACAAGAAGGCAGAGAAGACUAAAGAAGAAGCAGACCCAGAGAAGGAAAAGGAGAGCAAAAAAAAAGUCAAAAGUGAUCCCAAGAAAAAGAAAGGUUCUGUCACGGACGAGGAGGACCAGGACGAGGAGGAGAAGGACACCCCCAAGAAGAAAGGCAAGAAAAAGACCAGCAAGGACAGCUCACCUUCUGCCAAGGAGAAGAAACCUCGAUCUAAAGAGGACAAGGAGUCGGAUGGAAAGGAGAAGAAGUCCAAGUCCAAAGAGAAGGACAAGAAGCUAGAACCAGCCUCUAUGUUCCAGAUAAAUGCUGAUAAAGACUCCAAAACCAAAAAGAAAGCCGCCAAGUCUGAGAGCGACGAGAGCGAAGAAGAAAGCAAGUCCACCAAGUCCAAGAAGAAAUCAGCGUCGUCUCUCUUCCAGACGUCAGGAGACAAAGACAAGAAGUCCAAGAAGAAAGGUAAGGCGGAGCAGAGCCAGUCGGACUCGGAGAAAGAAGAGAAAUCCAAAAAGAAAAAAGGCAAAGGGAAGAAGAAGAAGACAAGAUCGCCAUCGCCCGAGAUCCACUUUGACAACCUGGAGGUGUUUGUGUUGGAGCCUGCACCUCAAGGCAGGGCUGUGAAGUGCAGAGUGACCCGGGACCAGCGGGGGAUGGACAAGAGUCUCUACCCGCUCUACUACCUGCACCUAGACAAUGACAAGAAGACCUUUCUGCUGGCUGGCAGGAAAAGAAAAAAAUGUGCAACCUCUAAUUAUCUCAUCUCUACUGACGCUACCGAUCUAUCAAGAGGAGGACAUAAUUUCAUAGGGAAGCUGAGAUCCAACUUGAUGGGCACCAAGUUCACGGUCUUUGACAACGCUCUGAACCCUGAGAGAGCCCUACCAGACAUGUCUAAUGCCCGGCAGGAGUUAGCAGGCAUCAUCUACGAGACCAACGUCUUAGGGAUGAAGGGCCCCAGGAGGAUGACGGUCAUCGUCCCCGGCAUGGACAAGGACGACGAGCGAGUGGCCCUACGGCCAAGAAAUGACUGUGACGGCCUGCUGAUCCGGCACCAGAACCGCAGGAUGGAGAAUCUGAUUGAGCUUCACAAUAAGACUCCGGUGUGGAACGAAGAAACCUCCUCACAUGUGCUCAACUUCAAUGGCAGGGUCACCCAGGCCUCCAUUAAGAACUUCCAGAUAGUCCAUGACAAAGACUUGGACUACAUCGUGAUGCAGUUUGGCCGAAUAGCCGACGACAUUUUCACUCUGGACUUCAAGUACCCUCUGUGUGCCGUACAAGCCUUCGCCAUCGCGCUCUCUAGCUUCGAUGGUAAACUAGCCUGCGAGUAACACACACACACACACACACACACACACACACACACACACACACACACACACACACACUUUCAUGUAUUUCUUACCUUCUGAGACCUCCAAAAAAAUGCCUCCCUCUUUAGGACCAGCCUUUCUAAAUAUAUAAAGAAAUGUAUGCAAAAGGUCAGAAUGUCACAAGAAAAACUUGGACUUUUGGCAGUUUUAUAAUAAAAGUCGAAAUUUUACUCAACACAAGUCAAAAUGUUACAAGAAAAACUGAACAUUUGUGCAAUAUUUUGAUAAAAAGUGGAAUUUUACUCAAUAACAGUUGCCAUUUUACAAGAAAAUCUUACAAUUUUGGCAAGUGGUCAUUUUACUCGACAAAAGUCACAAUUUUAUAAGAAAACAUUACAAUUUUGGCAAUAUUACAAUAAUAAUGUAAUUUUACUCGGCAAAAUUAUGACAAAAGUCAUAAAUGUCACUAUUUUACAACAACAACAAAAAAGUUGGCAAUGUUGUGUUAAAAGUCAGAAUUUGAUAUGACAAAUGUCAUCAUUUUGCAUUAAAAAGUAAUAAUUUAACGUAAAAAAUUAAUAAUUUUACGAGAAAAUAUUGCAAUAUUACAAAAACAGAAAGAAUAUGAGAAAUUGUUCCCAAUUUUAUAAGAAAAAGGUCGACACAUUGUGAGAAAGACUGCUUUUAGUUAAUUAAUUAUUGUUUGGGAAUUUUUUGUUUGUAAUUGUUUUUUAAUCUUCAUUAUUUACUUCAAGUUAUUACCGUUUGUCUCUAUAUAGAUAUUUAUUUAAUUGUUUUAUUAAUUUUACACACACACUUGUUAUUUCAUAUGUUAACCAGAGGGGGAGCACUUAACAUUUUUACACACACUUGUUAUUUCAUAUGUUGACCAGAGGGGGCGCAUUUCAAUUUCUUACACACACUUGUUAUUUCAUAUUUUGACCAGAGGGGGAGCACUUCACAUUUUUACACACACUUGUUAUUUCAUAUGUUGACCAGAGGAGGAGCACUUCACAUUUUUACACACACUUGUUAUUUCGUAUGUUGACCAGAGGGGGAGCACUUCACAUUUUUACACACACUUGUUAUUUCAUAUGUUGACCAGAGGGGGAGCACUUCACAUUUUUACACACACUUGUUAUUUCAUAUGUUGACCAGAGGGGGAGCCCUUCACAUUUUUACACACACUUGUUAUUUCAUAUGUUGACCAGAGGGGGAGCAUUUUUAAAAGCGACACACAGUCAAUGUGAAAAUCCCUCCUUUUUGGGACCACCCUCAUUUUGAUAGAUGUCACCAGCAAAUGAGACGUUGUCUAUUAGAUGUUAUUGGGACCAUGAUUUAUGUCAUCACUUGUUCACACCUCCUCAUAUGGAAGAUACUUUUCCUUCUUCAUGUCUCAGGAAGGGUAGAAAUACAAGAGAAUACACAUACACACACACACACACACACACACACACACACACACACACACACACACACACACACACACACACACGCCUAUCAGACCGAGCCAGGUCCGAGGAGAUGAACGUGACGAUUCUGCUGCUGGGGUGGAGGCGCCACUCUCCAGGGUCUGUUGUUCCCCACAGUUAUACGUCUGACGACUCAGCAGACAUCUGGACUGUGGACCUGCUGUGGACGAGUCCUGAUGACAAUAACAACAGCAUGGGUGCAUCAUAACAACAGCAUGGGUGUAUCAUUGUGUUCAAAUGGUGGCUGGAUAGACAAUGAAAUGUUUGAUUGGUUCCAGGCUGGUUCUUUCUCUCCAAGUCUUUGCUUUGUUACUCGACUUACAAACCCCGUUUCCAUAUGAGUUGGGAAAUUGUGUUAAAUGAUUUGCAAAUCCUUUUCAAGCCAUAUUCAGUUGAAUAUGCUACAAAGACAACAUAUUUGAUGUUCAAACUCAUAAACUUUAUUGUUAUUUGUUGCAAAUAAUCCUUAACUUAGAAUUUUAUGGCUGCAACACGUGCCAAAGUAGUUGGGAAAGGGCAUGUUCACCACUGUGUUACAUGGCCUUUCCUUUUAACAACACUCAGUAAACGUUUGGGAACUGAGGAGACACAUUUUUGAAGUAGAAUUAUUUCCCAUUCUUGCUUGAUGUACAGCUUAAGUUGUUCAACAGUCCGGGGGUCUCCGUUGUGCUAUUUUAGGCUUCAUAAUGCGCCACACAUUUUCAAUGGGAGACAGGUCUGGACUACAGGCAGGCCAGUCUGGUACCCGCACUCUUUUACUAUGAAGCCACGUUGAUGUAACACGUGGCUUGGCAUUGUCUUGCUGAAAUAAGCAGGGGCGUCCAUGGUAACGUUGCUUGGAUGGCAACAUAUGUUGCUCCAAAAGCUGUAUGUACCUUUCAGCAUUAAUGGCGCCUUCACAGAUGUGUAAGUUACCCAUGUCUUGGCCACUAAUACACCCCCAUACCAUCACACAUGCUGCCUUUUACACUUUCACCCUAGAACAAUCCGGAUGGUUCUUUUCCUCUUUGGUCCGGAGGACACGACGUCCACAGUUUCCAAAAACAAUUUGAAAUGUGGACUCGUCAGACCACAGAACACUUUUCCACUUUGUAUCAGUCCAUCUUAGAUGAGCUCAGGCCCAGCGAAGCCGAAGGCGUUUCUGGGUGUUGUUGAUAAACGGUUUUCGCCUUGCAUAGGAGAGUUUUAACUUGCACUUACAGAUGUAGCGACCAACUGUAGUUACUGACAGUGGGUUUCUGAAGUGUUCCUGAGCCCAUGUGGUGAUAUCCUUUACACACUGAUGUCGCUUGUUGAUGCAGUACAGCCUGAGGGAUGGAAGGUCACGGGCUUAGCUGCUUACGUGCAGUGAUUUCUCCAGAUUCUCUGACCCCUUUGAUGCUAUUACGGACCGUAGAUGGUGAAAUCCCUAAAUUCCUUGCAAUAGCUGCUUGAGAAAGGUUUUUCUUAAACUGUUCAACAAUUUGCUCACGCAUUUGUUGACAAAGUGGUGACCCUCGCCCCAUUCUUGUUUGUGAAUGACUGAGCAUUUAAUGGAAUCUACUUUUAUACCCAAUCAUGGCACCCACCUGUUCCCAAUUAGCCUGCACACCUGUGGGAUGUUCCAAAUAAGUGUUUGAUGAGCAUUCCUCAACUUUAUCAGUAUUUAUUGCCACCUUUCCCAACUACUUUGUCACGUGUUGCUGGCAUCAAAUUCUAAAGUUAAUGAUUAUUUGCAAAAUCAGUUUGAACAUCAAAUAUGUUGUCUUUGUAGCAUAUUCAACUGAAUAUGGGUUGAAAAUGAUUUGCAAAUCAUUGUAUUCCGUUUAUAUUUACAUCUAACACAAUUUCCCAACUCAUAGGGAAACAGGGUUUGUACUUUAUGUCAACUUUUUUUUGCACUGCAGGGUUUUAAGAGACUAACAUGUCAAGUAUUUGCACUUGCACCCAGGGGUGCUACACAGACAAUAAGUGGUGAUCCUUGCUUUAAAUCAUUACCACUUCCACCUAUCGGGGAUCAAUAAACAUUGAUUAGAACGUCUUCUUUAUUUCAUUCUUCUU